UUAUCUUUAUUAAAAUGAUUUACUAAUCAAAUUUAAUUUCUAAAAAGUGAAAACAAUCAAACUGAUUAAAUCAAUUGAUUGUUAACCUUUUACUCUUUUGAAAUGAGCGCUUAAUGUUCACCCAACUUGUUGUCAUGGUUACGGUUGCUGUUUGUUUUUCUGAGUUCAUGUUGACAAUUUAAUUUGAUUUUCUUUCGUUUUAAUUGUUUAAUUAUUGGUUUUGUUUUGUUUGUUUCUUCAUUUUUACAGAAAUGUCUCUUUUGAUGGGAAAGGUGUGCGAAGCUGUGGGCAAGAAUAUUGUUCGUGUUGCUAUUCCUCAAUUGAAGUUCGAUUCAUUUCUUGUUACUCAUUUCAGAGAUUCAAGUGAAUUACAUGCGUUGGAUAAAAAAGGAGAGUCAAAGGUUGGCGAUUGGGUGCUUGUCUCUAAAUUACCAGAGAGGAUCAGUUUAAAGGUCGAACAUUCUGUUGAACAAGUGGUCUAUAAAUGUGGGCACAUAAUCGAUCCAUUAACGGGCAAAAGAUGUUUCCAAUACCACUACGAUGAAAGUGGUUCAAAAGAAAAUCAGAAUUCUAGUCCAAAUGAAAAACUGUAGAGGAAACGAUUGAUUAUUGAUUAAAAUCAUUGGAAUCAUUUGAAUAUCAUCCUGCCGUCUUCAUCUCUCGGUGCAGCAACAUCAGGUAAUCAUAUAGCCAAAGAUAGAUUAACAUCAAUAGAAAUUCGUGAUUUAUUACGUACAGAAAUAGAUAAAGAGUAAUGGACCAAUAAAAGCCCAAACAAUCACAUCACCGUAACCAUUACACCAAAGAUAUUUAAAACAAGCUCAUCCUCAUAACCAUUUAAAGGUUAAUCGGGUGAUGGAUCGCCAGAUUCAAUAAGAAUUAGGGUGAAACCUUUGGUCUUCCUUCGAGGAUCCCUCUUAAACCGGGUGGUUACAAUGAUCCUAAUUCACCUUUAUCAAUACCAACAACUGAUAAUAGGAAUGAAAUAAUUAACAAUUGACAGCUAAAACAUCAACUAUUCAAUCAGAUACAUAUGAGUUACGAGUUGGACUGGAUGAUUCUUGGUUCUUUACCUCGG